AUGGCUUUUACUGUACGGCUGCUUCUGUUUUCCUCACUGUUUCUGCUACCAGUUUCUGUGUUUGCUCAAACUAACGGUAGCAUAGCAGUGGGGGAUUUCCUAACUGCAACUGCAGCUAACUCCUCACUAUGGCUUUCUCCAUCUGGUGAUUUUGCCUUUGGAUUUUUUCCACUUGGAAGCAAUGGUCUUUUCCUGCUCUCAAUAUGGUAUGCCAAAAUACCAGACAGAACCAUAGUUUGGUAUGCAGAUCGGGAUAAUGAGGCUGCAGUUGCACCCAAGGGGUCAACUGUGAACUUGACUGCCAACAGCGGUCUGGUGCUUAGAAGUCCUCAGGGUGAAGAGCUAUGGAAAUCUGGAACCAGUGCUGGUGUUGUUGCCAAUGGGGUCAUGAAUGAUACAGGCAACUUUGUUCUUCAAGAUAGAAAUUCAGAAAGCUUAUGGGAGACCUUCAACAAUCCCACUGAUACCCUGUUGCCUGGACAGACAUUGGAAAGAAGUGGGAAGCUUUCGUCUCGACAAUCGGAGACUAACUAUUCGAAAGGACGGUUCCAGCUGCUUCUGCAAGAAGAUGGGAACCUUGUGCUCAGCACCAUAAACUUGCCAACAAACUUUGCCAAUGAACCUUACUAUGCAACCGACACUACCUCAGGGACUGUGGCAGGUAGUGAAGGUAAAGAAUUGGUUUUCAAUGUCUCAGGCUACUUGUAUGUUCUGAGAGAGAAUGGUGGAAAGUACAAUCUUGCAGUGGGAGAGGUAGUCUCAGCAAGGGACAACUAUAUUAGAGCAACUCUCAACUUUGACGGGAUUUUUGCUCAAUAUUAUCACCCCAAGAAUUUCACUGGAAAUGUAAGCUGGACUAUUCUGUGGUCAGAGCCAGAUAAUAUUUGCCAAAGAAUUACCGAAAGUUCAGGUGUAGGUGUUUGUGGGUACAACAGUAUCUGCACUCUCAAAGGAGAUAAGAGGCCAACCUGUGGAUGCCCAACAGGGUUCUCUUUACUUGAUCCAAAUGAUCCAUAUCGGGGAUGCAAACCGGAUUUCAUACAAGGCUGUAAAGAAGAUGAGCUUAGUGGCACAAAAGAUUUAUAUGAUGUUGAGGUGCUAAUAAAUACAGAUUGGCCAAUCUCAGAUUAUGUGCAGUUAAAACCUUUUACUGCAGAGAAGUGCAAUGAAUCUUGCUUUCAAGAUUGUUUGUGUGCUGUUGCUAUUUUCCGGUCUGAAACCUGCUGGAAAAAGAAGUUACCUCUCUCAAAUGGGAGAGUGGAUGUAAGUCUUAAUUCACAAGCCUUCAUCAAAGUCAGAAAGGACAAUUCAACUCUACCAAUAUCAGCUCCUCAACUUCCAUGUCCAGAUGAAUUGUAA